GCGCGGUAAGCCACCCGAAAAUUUAUCGAAAUCACCUCAGUUAAUCACUUGGCGUGGCACGAUCGAGACGCGUUUAAGCGUACGUUCGCUUAUAUCCAAACUCACGUUGAUGGUGAAACUGAGUUGGCCUGUGGAGUGAAAUGCAAAAAAAAAAAAAAAAAAACAAAACAAAAAUCACGCAAGCGCGGCGUGAAAUGAAUUUUAAAAUCUUCAACAAAAUCACUUUAACAGGAAUAAUUACUUUUAACCUGAAAACUGACUGCCACAUAAAAACAGAAACUCACUUCAACUGAAGCAACAGAAAAAAUAGUACAUAAACAAGGAAUUUUUUCUUUACUCAGCCAACAAACACCAGCAAACCAACGUUGCACAAAAUAGAUACUCGUAGCAACCGAACAACUAACCAGCCAGCCUGAAGUCGAUUAAAAAGAAAAAAAUUAAAUAUUUGUUGUUUCCUUUUUUUUUAAUUUGACAAAGUCACAAGAUUACUGUAAAAGAAGCAUACAUAAAAAAUGGCACUACGCCUGCGACGUGAUGUACAAAAGGCAUCCUACUAUGUUUGGUUUUUGGGUGCCGAGGAGGCGAAAGGUUUGCGCGGUACACGUGUCAUCAACUCAGUACUGCCGUAUCUGAUUGAUCGGUCACGCGGACAAGAGCCACUCAAGGUGACGCUACAGGUCUCCCACAAGGGUAUCAAAAUAUUACAGGGCUCCUCGAAGCAUUUUAUACCACAUAGUGCCAUAACCAGCUCCGUGCAAACAGAUGAUAUCGUUGCAUGCGUUUUGUUGCUAUAUAAUCCGGCAACAAAAUGUCCAUUGCACGUACACGCCUAUCGUUGCGAUUCCGAGUCUACAGCAGAGGCGCUGCAUCAACAAUUGCAAAUACUAAUCAAUCGCCCAGAAAAUCAAAAACGCUUUGAGGAAUUAGAAACACGUUUGGGCAUUCUGCCGCCGCUGCCCACGCCUGGCAACAGCAACAAAUCGGCUGCACAUAUGCCGAUCAACGGACACCAUGGCGAACAUAGCAACAACAAGUCGAAACAACUUUAUUUGUCACAACAACAACCAUCACAACUGUUACACCAUCAUCAACAACAACAGCACCAACGCCGCCACGAAUCAUCACCCAAACGUUUCAGCUCGUCGCUGGGCAGUGAUACCGGCAACAGUACACGUGAGUCCGAGUGUAGCGAAGAGCACAGCGGUGGCUCGCCAGUUUCACGUUCACCGCCUGUGACGGCGACCACGAAACCGCUGCCACUGCCACAGCCCACAAAUGAGCUGUUCGAUUCUUUGGCCGCAGAGUUGCGUGCUAAGUUGAAUGGCAAUGGGCCGCCUUUGUUACUGCCGCCCCGUGACUAUGACACCGUACAUCGAUCCAAGGGCAAUUUGACGGCAAUCGAGUUGCGGCGCUGUCGAAAUGCGCUGAUUGUAGGCGGCGCUGCGCCCAAUGAGACGGCAGUACCGGUCGGUGGUAAGCAAGUGUCAUCACGCGGCUCGUCGGGUAUUGGAUCAGAUUUGGCGCCGAGUCCGGAGCGUCAGGAUUUGAAUAGUUCGAGUGAAGAUGAACAGUGGUCUAAUGAAGCGGAUAAUUCAGUCAUCGCGCUCAAACCAUCACAGAUUGCUAUGGAGCGUUCACCACCCAUCAUUCCGCAUCAUCCACAAUUGAAUCGUAAAAGCGCCGUUCAGCCGCCGGAAGACAGUUACUUGCGCGAUCUGCCUAAGCCGUACACACCGAGACAGAGUGCCACUAGCAGCGCACAUCGUGAGAAGAUCGCUACUACCGCACAUGAACGCGACUCACGCUCGAAAACUCCCUCGUCGGCGAGCUGGUCUCGAGAGGAUCAAAUAAAACCGAUUAUUAUGCGUCCAGCUGACUACGAUGCCAAGUUCAAUCGUGUCAUGCAAGCCGAAACGAAACAGGACUAUCGCGGUGGAGGCGGUGGUGGUAAUAGUAGAGAACGUGAACGUGAACACGAGCAUACGAAGCUGCGCGACACCGACAAAUACAACGAAAUCAAUCGCUUGCUGAACAAAAAGCUUACACUGGAACGUGAUUCUCCUGAACAACGUUUUGCCAAACACAAAUCGGAAGAUGUAGACGAAUACGAUGAUUCAGAUCCAACGACUGAUCAACUGCCCGUGCAUCCAACCUCCAGCUACCGCAAAGAGAAUCUCACAGACAAACAAAAAUUCAUCGAAUACACAGCAAAGAAACAGUCAAAGACGUAUGCAGCCGAGGAGGCGCAACGCUAUGGUGGCCGUCAUCGUUACGUUGAUCCAGCCGAUUUGCCUUUCGAGCAAACCGCAAGCCAUAAUAAAUAUGCGGCCACACAUCGUAGCACACACUCGCCCGAACGUACCGAACGCGAACAUCAACGCAGUAGCGAGCGGGAGCCGGAACGCCUACGCGAGCGUGAACGAGAGCGAGAGCGAGAGCGGGAACGCGGCACCGAGCGUGAGCGAGACCGCGAACAUGAACGCAAACAAUAUUCACGCAGCAAUGAACGUAACCCCUACCGCGAGCCCGAAAGUUUACCAUAUAUACAGAGCAUGGAGAAGAUGAUGAAAUCAUCGGCAAUGCGUUACAAAACAUUUGAGGGUGCAGCGGAACCAGCGUUGGUAGCGCCACCCAAAGAAGAGCUGCACACCAAACUCAGCUCACAACGUAGCAAAACAUCAUACACUAAGCGUGUCGAUGAUGAUGGACGACCAUUGGAAUAUGCCCAUUCAACUGGCCGCUCGGACGUCACACCCAAGGAUCGCUUCAAGGAUGCCAAGGAUAAAUUCCGCGCCAUGGAACGCACCGGCAGUCGAUAUGAUUUGGCUGAAGAGAAAGGCCACGGCGAUUAUAGACCACGACGCCGUGAUGCCGUUGAACCCUCAGAUAAGGGUCGUCCCUACGCCGAUUGGAGUGACGAAGAGCGUCUCGAUGACUCGCCGCCACCGGUUAGCAGCCGUUCACGCUCACGUUCACGUAGCCAAUUGUGGGAGGAAAAUAACAUGUCGCCACGUGAAAUGUUGCCACCACACGAGCACCCACACAUGCACCAACGCACUCGCGAGCGUCCGUAUGCCACAGAAUAUGCGCCGGAUACGCGAACAACACGUGAAAUGCCGAACAAACGUACUGAACAACAUCGUUUGUUGCGCGAACGUUCUAGCGAUAUGACAGAUGCUCGAGAACCAUAUCGUGAUGCAUAUCGUUAUGAACAGCGUGGAUUACGCGAUCACUCACGUGACGGACCACAACACAUACGCGAUGAACGCGAACGGCAUCGUGAAUCGGUGAGACGUGAAUACUCGCCAGACAUGCGCGCCGCACCGCCAGAACAUCGAUCCAAUCGCCGACCAACCGACAAACAUGCAGACUUCUAUCCCUCAGCAACACCACCACCACCACCACCAGCUAACGGCGCACCAAUGCCCAAUGCGAAGGGUAUCUCCAAUCUGACAAAGGGCUAUCGUCACAGCUAUGCGGAGCCGGUAUUUACACGUGCCGGUGGACGUGUGGGUUUGGCGGCCGUAAAUCCCUACUAAAGGAGUUUGUAAGGGAUUGGGCUGGGUUCUUCUUUCGAAAUAUAUGGUUUUACCGUAAUAUUUACCAAUAAAGUACUAAUCUUAGUUAAGUUUUGAUAAAGAGAAAACGGCAAAGCGUGCAACGGAGUAGUAUUCUGUACAUCUAUAUAUGUAUAUGCGAUUUAUAUUAACAUUUAUUUCAUACAUAACUAUGUAUGUAUUUGUAUAUGAAAUACUAAUUGAAAUGCCUUAACCGCAAAUUAUAUAUGUAAAACUUAAUCAACAUUUACAUAUAUCAGUUUCUAGUGGUAAUAAGCCAAUAAUUACUUUAUUAAUCGUUAAAACUUUAGCUUUGGCAAAAUUGCUUCGUCUUCAGCGCGGCUGGAAGGCGUCUUUGAAAUUUAGUCAGAACAAAAAUAAAAAUAUACCAACAAUGUGCCUUUUUUUACGAACAA